AUGGUUGUGGUCUAUUACAAGAUAUUUAGUGCAGCCAGGAAAAUUGUAAAAGACGAAAGACGUGCCCAGUCUCAUUUGGAGACCCACUGCUAUCUAGAAAUUAAUGUUAAAAAUGGAGGAGCGACUGAAGCGAAGCUGUUAGGUAACCAAGCUGAUCCAGAACCAACAAGGGGUUCCACUGCUAGUACUAACACGAUGUGCAGCAUAGACAAGACUGAAAGUUCAAUCGGAAGAUGUUUUACUAGCCAACACACUAGUCCCGAAUAUGAAUUGAGUGCUGGAGAUGAAAAU